ACGAGAGUUUGGACCAACGCGCUGUCCGUACUAAUGGGAGUAACGCACAAUAUGGCGGCGUCCUGGUGAUCCGUUUUAGCUGAAAUUUAGUUGUCACUAUCUCCUAUAGAAAGUUUAAUGAAUUAUAGUGUACACCCACAAGUAUAAAAAUACCUUUUACUUAGUAAAUCAUGGCGUUUCAGUGUGUGUUAUUUACAGCUCGUGCUUUUAUCAUUGCACCCCAUCGGGUGACCUGUAUACAAUAUGCACGCGCUGUUCUGCCCCUGUCCACGCGCUCUGUGGUCAGUCAGUAUCCCGUGGUCUUUAACCAUUUUAAACGCAUGUCUAUGACAUCUCAAGGGCGACGUUAUGUAUCAUUACCCCCCAUUCAGCCACUGCGCAGUUCCCAUUCCGCCGUGGUGAGAGAUGUGGUGCUGUUCGAGCAUGACCGGACCCGCUUCUUCAGGCUCUUGGCUCUGUUUUGUGGAGGUCAGUUUCUCUUCUGGACCUACCUGGCCUAUUUUGCCUUCACGGGACUUCGAGACACGCGAAAGAGUAGCAAAGAGCCCCAAAGGGUCAGGACGGAAUUGGGGCUUUUUAGCUUUGACAUGAACCUUGGAUCAAAUUCCUGGAGAUUUGGAUUUACUCUCGGCUGUCUUCUUAUAGGAGGCGGAAUUGUCGGACUGGGCCUGCUGUUCAGCCGUCGCUCUGUCAGUCGUGUGGUCCUGCAUAAGGGAGGUGGAAAAGUGACCGUGUGUACUCAGUCGCCUCUGGGUGUGAGCAAUGCCUGGCAUCUAACUGUCCCUUUGAAUCAAGUGGCUUGUCAUGCACACAGGCAGGAAUCACCCUCCUUCAUCCCUCUCAAAGUUAAAAAUCACAGGUUCUACUUCCUUUUGGACAAAGAAGGGAACCUGAAUAAUCCAAAACUCUUUGAUGUCACCGUUGGUGCCUACAGACCCUUAUAGAUGUCGUGCCAGUUACAUGGUUAAAAAAACAAAGCAAGAAUUCUGGAUGUUUUACUGCUAAUGAAAGUACAUGUCUUUUUAUAGACUUUUUCAUUUGAUCUAUUGUACACACAUGGUGAGUAAUAAAAGCUUUAAUUGCAAUAACAAGGUUUCGGUGUAUUACUCAUUUGCAUGAUAUCACUGUCCUGACAAAUUUGAUAGAUUUUUGACUAUGUCAAUUUGAGGUUUCAGGAGGAGAGAAUAAAUGUUUCUAUAAAUAUGUCGAUCAACUGAUUUAUUGUACACUUUAAAAUAAUCAUAUAUGUGUAUUUGAGUGAUGUUACUCUUCAUUUAUUAAAAAGAAAAAUAAUCUAGAGAUGAAGUUGUCCACUGUAAGGAGGCAGAUGACAUGU